AGGGGCGGGCGCGGGCGGGCGGGGGGCGGGCUCCCGGGCUCCCCUCCUCCCCAGCCCGCUCGUCUCGCUCCCUCGCCAACUCCGGGCCCCAGCCGCGGGCGGGCGGACGGCGGGCGGACAGCAUGCUGAGCCUCCUCGUUUGGAUCCUCACUCUCUCCGAUACUUUCUCCCAAGGGACCCAGACCCGCUUCAGCCAGGAGCCAGCCGACCAGACUGUGGUGGCUGGACAGCGGGCCGUGCUCCCCUGCGUGCUGCUCAACUACUCGGGGAUCGUGCAAUGGACCAAGGAUGGGCUGGCGCUGGGCAUGGGCCAGGGCCUCAAAGCCUGGCCACGGUACCGGGUCGUGGGCUCUGCAGACGCCGGGCAGUACAACCUGGAGAUCACAGAUGCCGAGCUCUCUGACGACGCCUCUUACGAGUGCCAGGCCACGGAGGCCGCCCUGCGCUCCCGGCGAGCGAAACUCACCGUGCUCAUCCCCCCAGAGGACACCAGGAUCGAUGGCGGUCCUGUGAUUCUGCUGCAGGCAGGCGCCCCCCACAACCUCACGUGCCGAGCCUUCAACGCCAAGCCUGCUGCCACCAUCAUCUGGUUCCGGGAUGGAGCGCAGCAGGAAGGUGCCGUAGCCAGCACGGAGCUGCUGAAGGACGGGAAGAGGGAGACCACCAUCAGCCAGCUGCUCAUCAACCCCACAGACCUGGAUAUUGGGCGUGUCUUCACCUGCCGCAGCGUGAACGAGGCCAUCCCGAGUGGCAAGGAGACGUCCAUCGAGCUCGACGUGCACCACCCUCCUACGGUGACCCUGUCCAUUGAGCCACAGACGGUGCAGGAGGGCGAGCGCGUCGUCUUUACGUGCCAGGCCACAGCCAACCCUGAGAUCCUGGGCUACAGGUGGGCCAAGGGGGGCUUUCUGAUCGAAGACGCCCACGAGAGUCGCUAUGAGACGAAUGUGGAUUAUUCCUUCUUCACGGAGCCUGUGUCCUGUGAGGUUCACAACAAAGUGGGGAGCACCAACGUCAGCACUUUAGUCAAUGUCCACUUUGCCCCCCGGAUUGUAGUGGACCCCAAACCCACGACCACAGACAUUGGCUCUGAUGUGACCCUCACCUGUGUCUGGGUUGGGAAUCCCCCCCUCACCCUCACCUGGACCAAAAAGGACUCAAACAUGGGGCCCAGGCCUCCUGGCUCCCCACCCGAGGCUGCUCUCUCUGCCCAGGUCCUGAGUAACAGCAACCAGCUGCUGCUGAAGUCGGUGACCCAGGCCGAUGCCGGCACCUACACCUGCCGGGCCAUCGUGCCUCGGAUCGGAGUGGCCGAGCGGGAGGUGCCACUUUAUGUGAAUGGGCCCCCCAUUAUCUCCAGCGAGGCCGUGCAGUACGCCGUCAGGGGUGACGGUGGCAAGGUGGAGUGUUUCAUCGGGAGCACGCCGCCCCCAGACCGCAUUGCAUGGGCAUGGAAGGAGAACUUCCUGGAGGUGGGGACCCUGGAACGCUACACGGUGGAGAGGACCAACUCAGGCAGCGGGGUCCUGUCCACGCUUACCAUCAACAACGUCAUGGAGGCCGACUUUCAGACCCACUACAACUGCACAGCCUGGAACAGCUUCGGCCCAGGCACAGCCAUCAUCCAGCUGGAAGAGCGAGAGGUGUUACCUGUGGGCCUCAUCGCCGGGGCCACCAUCGGCGCAGGCAUCCUGCUCAUAUCCUUCUUCAUCGCCUUGGUGUUCUUCCUCUACCGGCGCCGCAAAGGCAGUCGCAAAGACGUGACCCUGAGAAAGCUGGACAUCAAGGUGGAGACAGUGAACCGGGAGCCACUCACGAUGCAUUCUGACCGGGAGGACGAUACUGCCAGCGUCUCCACGGCAACCCGUGUCAUGAAGGCCAUCUACUCGUCCUUCAAGGAUGACGUGGACCUGAAGCAGGACCUGCGCUGCGACACCAUCGACACCCGGGAGGAGUAUGAGAUGAAGGAUCCCACCAAUGGCUACUACAAUGUGCGUGCCCACGAAGACCGCCCGUCUUCCAGGGCAGUGCUCUAUGCUGACUACCGUGCCCCCGGCCCUGCCCGCUUCGACGGCCGCCCCUCUUCCCGCCUCUCCCACUCCAGCGGCUAUGCCCAACUCAACACCUACAGCCGGGCCCCGGCCUCUGACUACGGUCCUGAGCCCACACCCCCAGGUCCUGCUGCCCCAGCUGGCACCGACACCACCAGCCAGCUGUCCUACGAGAACUAUGAGAAGUUCAAUUCCCACCCCUUCCCCGGGGCAGCAGGGUACCCCACCUACCGACUGGGCUACCCCCAGGCCCCUCCGUCCGGCCUGGAGCGGACCCCGUAUGAGGCAUAUGACCCCAUUGGCAAGUACGCCACUGCCACGCGAUUCUCCUACACCUCCCAGCACUCGGACUACGGCCAGAGAUUCCAGCAGCGCAUGCAGACGCACGUGUAGGGCUAGAGCCUGGCCGGGGCAUCUCUGCGGGGCAGAGGAGAAGGCUCUCACAGCUGUUCCCUGAUAUUCAGGGGCAUUGCUCGUUGUUGCUCCCGUCCUGGACCAGCCUUCCUCCUCCCACCGUGGCAGGCAGGGAGCAGGUCUCCCGGAAACACCCCGUCCCGAGGAUGGUGCUCUGUGCAUGCCCCAGCCUCCUGGGCCUGCCCUUCCCUUUUCUUCGGGAGGAUGUGUCUCUUCUGACCUGCACUCUCGCCUAGCCCCGGCCUGGGGACGGGGAAAGUGAAGGUUGCGGAGAGCAGAGGGGGCAUUUUUAGCGUUCCCUUUCUAUCCCACCCCUCUGAUCUCCCGUGAGUAGACAGGGCGUCAUGUGGAGAUGAACAGGCUUUGGCCCAGGGGGCAUGAAGUGUAGGGUAGGGGUGGGUGGCUCUGGUACAGAUAGGUGGAAGUGGGAUAGCCUGGCCAGUCCAUCUGUCCUCUGCGUUCAUACCUUGGAUGCAUCUCUCCCUCCUUGGGACUGCAGAAAGGACCUUGGAUUUAUUUUAGUCCUGACACCGAGUUCAGAUCCAGCCCUCCUUCAGCUGGGAGUAAAGUGCCAGUCAUCCUGGCUGCCCAUGGGGACACCUGUCCGUCUGCCUGCAGAGGGAUCCAGGUAUGUCCCGUACUGCUGCCCCCUUUGCUUCUCCUCUGUGCUGGGCCGCCCAGAUAAGCCACGGGGUCGUGAUGGAGAAGGAAAGGUCAGGAACCGUGUCCUGAGUCACUAGCCAGACAGCAGUGUGCUAUAUAGCAAUUUCCGGAACCCACGCUAGAGUGAGCCCCCCCCAAGCCCCCUCCCCUCCCCAGUCUGCCCCACUUCCUGGCUUUAACUCUCUAGCAUGCCUGGGGAGUGGUGGGGUGAGGGUGGAAGUGCUAUAGGCUAUUUUUCAAAGACAACAAAAAACAAUAAAAACCUCAUUUGGAGAAAAAAAGCAAAAAAGCUGUAGGGAAUCCCCCCACCCAAAUACAAGUCCCAGUGGAAAGGAAAGGGGGCAUCUGUUCUUCACCAGAUUCCCAACACCUUCCAUUACUCUUUCAGUCUCGAAGCACUUUGAAUCCAUUUUUAAACAUUCAGGUGGUGAGACCUGUCAUCCGAUGGGCCCUGAUAGGACAGGGAGGGGGCCUGGCUGUCAGGCUCUGCCGUCCUACCCUAGGGCCAACCAGCUGGUUAGAGAGGCCACCUUCCCGGGGGCAUGGGAGAUGUUCUCUUUAGACGGGUUUUGGUUUGUUAAGUGUCUGUUUUUUUCUUGGACCAAUCAGAUUCCUUCUUCCAGUUUCAGUGCCUUGAGUGUCCAGCUUUGGUUGACUGGCCCUGGGUGGGUGGCUGCGCAGGGAGCCGGUAUUGUGAGUGCAAACUCACUGCCGAGUGUUGCAGAGUUUAGGGGACAGACGGGUGAGGGGGCCUGGUAAGAGGAAGGGCGGACCUGGUAAGGUCACGCGGAAGGGCACUGCGGUCAGCCACGGCCCAGGCGGCCCCCCACGCCCACCCUCACCUCCAUCUACACACGCCUGCACGUGCAUUCCGCAUUCUCAGCCGCCACCUCCUGACCAAAGAGAACUGGCGCUCCAAAGAGAACUCACUCCCCUGCCCCGGCCUCCCCUUCCCAAGAAGCAGGGUCUGCUCUUCCCCUUGCUGGGCCCUGAGCGGGCGGGUCCUCUGUUGCAAUCCCCAGAAUGCGCUUUGCCCUUUCUCGUGGUCGCCGUUCAUUAGUCAUGUUCGCUUUAAUGAGUUACAUGCCCAUCAGUCAUGGGCCAUCGCCACCUUCGCGGAUGGCUCUGUGGGGUGACAUUCCUCGCCAUCCCUUGGCUGGUAAGGACCCGCUCAUGCCCAGGAAGAAAGCAGUUCCAGUUCCAGCCUCUCAAACCCUCUGCAUCCUCCUCCACUUCACCGGGGGCAAGUCCCGAGGACCGGCCCUUCCAGAGGCAUCAUACAGGCUCCCAGCGCUAUCCCACCCUCACCCCUGGAAGCUGACUCCUUCCUGCGGAGUCCUCUUCUGUGAGCUCAGUGACAAGGUCUGUUAAGGAUGCAGGUUCCUGUGCAAAUUCAUGCGUAUUUCGAUGAUUUUCACAGAAGCCAUGGGUAAUCUAAACAGUUAAAAUCUAAAGAUGCUGGCUUUUUAAACAGGAAUAUUCCAAAAGACAUUUACUUUUGUUAGGGGUUUGGCCACAUUCACUUGUUUACUCCUUUUUGGUGUUAGUGCUGGGGACAUUCUGUUGAUGGAGAGGAGGAGGCCCUGAGGUCACUCGGUAACUCAGCUGACACUGCAGGAACCAUGGGUUUUGGAAGCCAGAUACAGAGCUACUUCCCUGUGCUCUGUUCCUUAACACGUUACAGUACCUGGGUAUCAAGCAAGCACCAUGCAAGGCACAGGGAGAUGUCAGCAACCAAGGCCAUCUCUGCCCUCUGCAACUUGCACUCUGGUCUGACCAGAAUCUGAAUUGGGACCGACCUGUUAAGCCAGUGGAAUUGCUUUUCCGGGGAGUGGCAGGUGCCCUUGAGCAUGCAGGGUUGCUGUCUGAGGCUGGAGUCCCCCAGUAUGGUGCCUCAGUGCUUGAUGUGGUCACUUUGGUGAUCCUGACUGCCUUUGCCAUUUUAGUUUUGGCGGGAAGAGCAAGGGGUCAGGAGACGUGGGACCCAGUUCUGAAGCUGCCAUUUACUGAGUGACCUUGGCCUAACCUCUUUAGGUUCAUUGUCCCCUAUUUUCUGGUCUUUAAGAUGAGGGGGGAGAGUUGCACAAACCUCGAAUGAUCCUGCUCUUGCUGCAUUCGUUUGGUGAGGUGGAAGGGCCUGCCAUCCCUAGCAAGGAUUCGGGAACAGUGACUGAGUAGGUGGAGGGAUGGGAGAAUUGAAAGGUUCUCCUAUCUUGAAAGAAGCUUUCACUGUGGGCUUCAUCACCUUGUCAGAAGUGUUGUGAAUGAAUUUCCACUAGAAACCCCUUAAUCCCAAACAGCAACAAAAAAACAUCCUAAGGGCUUCCCUGGUGGCGCAGUGAUUGAGAGUCCACCUGCUGAUGCAGGGGACACGGGUUCGCGCCCCGGUCUGGGAGGAUCCCACAUGCCGCGGAGCGGCUGGGCCCGUGAGCCAUGGCCGCUGAGCCUGCGCGUCCGGAGCCUGUGCUCCGCGUCGGGAGGGGCCACAACAGUGAGAGGCCCGCGUACUGCAAAAAAAAAAAAAAAAAAAAAAAAUCCUAAACCUCAGUGAAAUUGAUGUGGGGUUACCCUUUGGCCAUUGUGCUGCUCCGCACUCAGAAUCCUGGCGGUUUUGCAAAGGUGUCUCUGGCUCGGUCAGGGCAUGGUGAGUUUCCUUCACUGUGCACCCAGGUUUCAGGCAGCCUUCUCCGUAGGGAGAAAUGGAAGCAGCCACCCUCCACCCCAGUCCUCAGGAGCACUCCCGUGGCCCGGGGACAGCCAGCCUCACUUACUGAGCAAGGGGAAGGCUGCAGGCUAAGGUGUCUUGAGCCAGAGGGCAAGGCGUGAGAACAGCUGGCCUCUCUGCAGGAGCAGUUCCGAAGGGCAGCUGGUAGAGUGAAGAGGGAGUCCAGCAGUUUUUGACUUAAGUUCUGGAUCUUGAAGAGGUUCUUGUGAUUCUGGAUGACCCACAGUCUCCUUGUGGAGGGCCCGGCUUGCAUCCUAAAUCCCAGAUCCCUCCAAGUCUAGCCACAAAGUAUGCAUGAAGCAAAACCCACCAUAAGUCAGAAAGGAAAGCAGCCAGGGAUGGGAGCGGUGCUAUACUCUCACAGAUGUCCUGCACGGGAUGAAAGAGGUUAGUUUGAUUCCCACCCCAUCCCCACCCCGUCUCCAGGCACUGCACCUUCUCCUUGUCUCAGCAGGUGCUGCUUUCCUUACAAUUUUGAGGGCAGCCUUUUCUGCUUUACAGGAUGGAGCCCUAGAGUCUCUUUCUCCCUGGUGCCCUCUCGUUAAACGGGUGGUGUUCUGUCAGGAGCCACAAGUCCUGGGCUCCUUCAAAUGGAAUCAGCUGGUCUCUCAGUGUACUUGACCCAUGUACAUAGCAGUGUUGGGCCAUUCGGGUUUGGAAAAAACCACAUUAAAGCCAAGAGCCCAGUUGCACUGAACUGGCUCAGUCACUGCCUCACUCUGCUGUGAGGGCAGUUCUCUUCCCACAGCUGCACGCCCAAGCACCCCAGCCUCGGAAACCCUGGCUUCUCUGCCAACUUAGUGCUGUGUGUCCUGAGCCAGGUCACCACUCUGUGCCCCUACGGGCCCUUCUGGGCCCUUCUGCAUGUCGAGGGAAUCUCCUGGAAGGCAGUAGUGAAGCUUCUGACCCUGGUGGGACCAGUAAGGAGGUGAUAAUAGAACAUUGAAGUGCACAGACCAAGGGAUGUAAUUGGAAAGGCAUUUAUUUUUGCGAAGAGGCUGUAAAAUUAGCAUUUAAAUAACCCAUCCCCUUCUCCCUGCCUCCCCCUUAUCCCCCCAUAAUACCUCUCCUUUCCUGGAGGCCAGCCUCUUUCUGUAAGGCACUGGCCUCACUUAUCAGCUGGGUCCUGACCUUCCACUUCUGUGCUGCUGGAAGAGGAUGGAAAGAUGUGUGGCUCGGGAGAUUCCUCAUUUUGGGAGAUGGGGGGGCGGGGCAGAAUCCCAUUUUCUUGCAUCACUGUGAGGGAGCUCCAGGCCCUGUCCCUGGAGGAAUAAUUGCUGCGCAGAAGUCACAGGCCAUACUGGGCGGUUCUGGUACAAGCCUGCCCUUAAAAAUAAUAACAAUAAUGAUAAUAAUAACUCUGUUUGCAUAGAGCUAUCACUCAUUCCUACCAAUCUCCUGUCCCCUGAUCCUGGCUUUUUGCUGUCCCAAACCACUGGCCUUUGCAAGUGUUGGUGGGCCAUGGGUUCUUCUGUUCACUUCUGGGGAUCUUCAGAUGCUUCCCCCCUGGGAGUACCCCUAAUUCUGGGGAGAGAGCAGCCAAGUUGCCAAUACAAUCAAAUUCUCGACGCAAUCUUGCUAGCAAUAGUGACCCAGAAGAUUCGGCUGCCGCCUCCAAUUAUACCAGAAUGAGGCCUAGGGCUCCCUGUGGUCCCUUUUUCUACCCCACUAUUCUUGGGAUUACAACCACCACUUGUGGCUCCAGUUAAAUUUUCUCCACCCAAACCCUGAUAAUAAAUGGAUCCAUGAUGAUAAUUAAGAGAAGAGGAAAAAAAAUAUUAUUUUUGUUAGGACAAACCAUCGUAGAUUUUUAGCAAUGUGUAUCUGUGUGUCCCUCACACUUUUUCCUAUUCUGCCUUUUUUCAUUUUCCUUUUUUUUUUAAAUAUUAUGUACUAUAUUUUUAGUCUCA